CUACUUACUAAGGUAGGAGGUAUGUUAUGUUAGGUACCUAAAUAAUAGAGGAUAUACCAAUUCUUACCUACUAAUUAAUAACCCGGAUCAAUGUCAUCACCACCACUUUUAACCCUUCAAAGUGCUACUUCUACAUCAUUUUAUCGCUAUCUUGGCUGUCGGUUAGCACCGAGAGCUGGGGCAUUACAUCGUGCCAUUAACAUCUCCGAAGGGAAGCAACUUAACUGGCUGCUGCUGCCCUCCACCAAUACGAUUACAUUACAGACCAAACGCUUUCCCCAACCAGCAACCGUCAACUACUCGAGAAGCUUCACCACAAGCAACGCCUUCAGGAUGGCAUCCGACGACGAUUACAUGGCCUUCUUAAACAAGGCGAACAAGGAUCCAAGCGAAGGACAUGCGAAAGCACAGAGCACGAGCACGAGCAAGCAAGAGUUUAAGGCGACUGACGAAGGAGCGCAAAUCCCCGCUGUCAUUCAGGAGGCAACAAAAGAUACCUUUUACAUUAGCGACGCCGAUGAACCGUUCGUACCUGUUUACCUAGCCUGGGACGAAAGUGGUAAAGGUUUACCAGACGAAGAGGAAUUCGCAUCCUUGAUACACCAUCCGGACCCGUCGAAUGCGGAAAUCGAAAUCCAAGACCCCGCGGACUGGGACCCGCAAGGGCAGUACAAGACGAUUCUGGAUGCGGUGCGCAAAGCCGGCAAGGGCAACGACGUGAGGGUGUACCGGGUAUCGAAGGGAGGCGUCAGGGUUGAGUACUGGGUCGUUACGACGGAGGGUAGUGGCUCGGGCGCAAAGCUUGUCGGCGCUAAGGCGCUGGCCGUCGAGAGUUGAUUGCGAAAUUUGAAUUACAUACAUACUUACCUCAUACAUAGUAUGAUGGCUACCUACUGGGGAAAAUAGUAAAAUACAUAUGAAAUACAUAUAUCAUAUACCAUGAUGAGAACCAUAUGGCAUACAUGUGUA